GCGUGGCAUCUUGUGUUUCUGGCGCGCGCAUACUUCCGAUCUGUUGUGGUGGAUUAAAUGUCAGCGAAUAAAUGAUGUCUUCAGGGGUUCAGUUUAUCGCCCUGCUCCAGUUUUGACUGCGUAAAGGUUAACGAAUGCUCAACUUGACUCUUCAGUGAGUGUCUCUCCGGGACUCUCAGGCUGCUUUUCCAUCUCCGGCCUUCACAUUGACGCGGAACCAAAACCCAGCCAUCAAGAACCAGGAACCAAGCAUGGCUCAGCAUCAACAGAUCAGCCUCCCAGCCAAACUGAUCAACGGAGGCGUGGCCGGCAUGGUAGGAGUCACCUGCGUGUUCCCGAUUGACCUGGCGAAGACCCGCCUGCAGAACCAGCGCGGCGGGCAGCAGCUCUACAAAAACAUGAUGGACUGCCUGGUCAAGACGGUUAAAUCCGAGGGCUACUUUGGCAUGUACAGAGGUGCUGCUGUGAAUCUCACCCUGGUGACCCCGGAGAAGGCCAUCAAACUGGCAGCCAACGACUUCUUCCGCCACCAGCUGAGCAGAGACGGUGGAAAGCUGACAGUCUCCAAGGAGAUGCUUGCAGGUUGCCUCGCCGGGAUGUGCCAGGUCUCCAUCACGACACCCAUGGAGAUGCUGAAGAUUCAGCUCCAGGACGCCGGCAGGCUGGCUGCCCAGCAGAGGCUGAUGCCCAGCGUGGUCAGCGCUCUGAAGAUGGGCGGGACCAGCGCCCUGCUCAGCCGCUCCUACAACGCCAGCCCCGCCCCCGUGGUCAGGAAGGUGUCUGCCACACAAAUUGCCUCUGAGCUGCUGAGGACCAAAGGAGUGACGGGACUGUACCGGGGACUCGGGGCCACGUUAAUGAGGGACAUCCCCUUCUCUGUCGUCUACUUCCCUCUCUUUGCCCACAUUCACCAGCUGGGCCAGCCUUCGCCGGGGGUCACCACCGUGCCUUUCUACUGGUCCUUCCUGUCCGGACUGACCGCCGGAUGUGUCGCUGCUGUGGCUGUGAGCCCUUGUGACGUGGUCAAGACGAGGCUACAGUCCAUAAGAAAAGGAACCAACGAGGAAACCUACAAUGGAAUCGUGGACUGCAUCAGGAAGAUCCUGCGGAAGGAGGGCCCCGGAGCGUUCCUCAAAGGUGCAGGCUGUCGAGCACUGGUCAUCGCUCCUCUCUUCGGUAUCGCCCAGGUUGUCUACUUCGUCGGAGUUGGCGAGUUCGUGCUGGGCUGCACCCCCUACAGCAUGUACUCCUCCUGAACGGGUCACUCCCCUGUCCAACUGCACCGGCAGCUUGUGUACGUCACUUCCUGUGAGACGAAAACCAUUAAAGCCUGAAAGGGACCAGAGAGAUGCCGUUCUUAUUUCAAAGAGGUUUUAAUAUUGUUCAUCUUUGCAAGACCAUCAGAGCACUGUUGUGUUUGGUUGUUCUGCGCUGGAGCCGUCAAGCAUCGACCUGCUACUAAGUAAGAGGAUCACACGGAGGACAAGAGCAGCUUCACUGCAGGAUCAAACGGAAGAAGAGGAAAGUCCUCCUGGCAUAUCCGAUGAGAGGCUCGGUCAUCCACAGCUUCGGCCUCCUCACCAAGAGAUCAUCUGCUGGACUGAAUGGAGGAGAACCUGCUCUUCGUCUCAAACUUGGUCUCAUCUCUUCAGCAGAAGAGACCUCGCUUCCUGGCUCCCUCUACUUCGUUCAUAGCGGAGGCCCUGGACCAUAAGCCCAGCAAAAGUGAGACACCAACAUAGGAACACCAUGACCCAGCGGAGUCACAGCAGGUUGGGUUAGGUUCCUGACUCUUCAUGAGUCAGUCUGUAAUGGCUCUCACACCGCAGGCCUCCAAAGUCACUGGCUCACCCUCAGACACUUCCUCUGGGUGAAUGUUUUUGCUCACUCUUCACAGCCACUUUCCCCUCCAUCCUGUUGGUUCAAGAACAACAUUGUAAAUGUGUGGUGAAUAAAUCU